GCUGAAACCAAUUUGCUUGACAAUAAUUCAAUUGCUUGCUAAUCAACUCUCUCUUGUCCACAUUCAAUACCUCAUUCAGCAGAAGCUAAUCGACUCACAAGGGGCGCUGUUUUCUGGGAUUCGGGGUUCGGUGUUACGACUUGGAAAUAACGCUAACCGGCUUACAAAUGGGAUAUUGAGGAAUGAUGUGAUCUGCAAAACUUUGGGAGUUGAGCAGUUAGUUAACCAAGGAGUUCAGACAACCAACAGCAGUGGACAGUCCGCGGAUGCGCUAAUAAUUGGCGGCUUUAACGGAGUUUAACCUAACCUUUCGGGGGUGCUGUGCCUACGGAGUAGUGUGCUCGCUGUCUUCUGGACCGUUGCUACUCCCCUGAUCUGGGCGCUGGCGAAGCCACGCUCCCAAGGCUACCUGAACGUGAGCUAGCUAUCUAACAGUUACCCAGUCAUCCUAUCGGGAGCUUUUGUUUCGUGUUGGCGUGCAGGGCCAGCACCCAAUUUCCGAUGACGACAAAUGAGUCAAUCGUCCUCAUCCCCCCCGCCCAGGGUUCGAGAAUCGCCUAACACUGGUGGGCCAGUCGACGGUGAUGCUUCUUCAGAUGUCUGCCGGUUUUAUGCUGCGACAAGGACAGUAAAGCCGAGAACAUGAAGCUAAUCGAUGUUGGGGCGGUUAACUCGUUCCCUCUCCGGAGGAAGUACUCCGUAACUAGUUGCUUCACAACUGUUAUCCCCACCCCAGUCGCGUAUCAGCUUAGACGCGAAUCGAGGAUGAUGCAAUCGACCCAUGAUUCAAACCAAAUUUAUAUUAGCAGGGAAUCCACAGUAACUUUGCCUGACUCGGAGUAGCUGGUUGGAGAUCUAAGUUAUCACAUAUCCACCACGUCUGACAAAUGCAAUCAAAACGUAAAAAAUUCUUCAUUCAGCCAGUCGGAGCUCAUACAGGAUUCUACAUAUAAGUAAGCUACAUUCCAAUUGAUGAUCAUGGAAUUCAAUGAAUAUCUUUUCUUCUGUUUUUCAUUUCUUUUCAUUCUACGCUGUCGAUUCAAAACGACCUGACAGGUUUCACCAAAAAUUCUCCCUUCGCCAGAAAAGAAAGCCAGCUGCGAAGCAUACCUGCUGUUUCCUGCAUAAUCAAUUCAGUACUUUGUGCGAGCUGCUGGCGUGACCAAGCUUGCUCGGUACUGGGUGAGUUGAAGCUUCGUUGGAAGCUUGGGCGGUGUGUGUCACAUCAGUUGCUCGGACCAGAUUGCGAUCCCGAUAAAACAAAUACCAUAUUUUGUUCGGACUGGGCAUCCCAACAAGUGAUCAGCGUCCCUUCCUGACAGCAGAGGUGAUUCGAACCGGCACGGUAAUUUCAAUCACACUUCGUCCCUUUUGGCUAGACCGGAUUUCCCCAGAAUGGCAUCCCCGUCCAACACAGGUGCCGACAUCGAAGGGGUGGGAAAAUCGACUGAUUGGACAAGCCCCUCGCAGAUAUCUGUGGACACAGAUCCAGAGAUAGCGCUAUCCGAAUCGAGUCGCGGGGGUAGAUGGGGCGAAUAUGAAGAGGGCGACCCGGUCUCUCGUCGUCGCGCCAUGGAGGAAUUUGCUGAAAUGUCGAAGGAGUUAACGAAACUGAGUCUACAAAAGAGCAAGUCUUCAGCAAAGAGAAGGAAAAGUUUUGUCCGCCAAUCUACCGCCCACUCUACAAUGAACCAGGAAAAGGAUAUCGAUAUUGAACGUGACUCGUUGGAUUCAGCGUUAUCCGUGAAGGGCGAUUUCGAACUGAGCGAAUUCUUGAGAGAUGGACGUCUAGAACGGAGAACAACGGCAGGAGGCCCUGGGAAAAAGAUUGGCGUAGUCUUCAAAAAUCUGACCGUCGAGGGGAUUGAUGCUACCUCAUCGUUUGUCAAGACGCUUCCGGAUGCUGUGAAGGGAACCUUCGGGCCUGACCUUUACAAUCUUAUUACUCGCUUCGUUCCGGGACUAAGAUUCGGAAAACCACCCCCGACUCGCAGUCUCAUUCACGAUUUUACGGGAGCUCUCAGAGAUGGGGAAAUGAUGCUGGUCCUCGGAAGGCCUGGUGCUGGAUGCACCACCUUUCUAAAAGCCAUCGCCAACAAUCGAUCAUCUUUCGCGGCUGUCCUGGGAGAUGUCAGCUAUGGUGGGAUCUCGGCGGCAGAGCAAGACAAACAUUUUCGAGGGGAGGUCAAUUACAAUCCCGAAGACGACCAACAUUUUCCUGCUUUAACCGUAGAGCAGACCCUCAGGUUCGCUCUGAUGAACAAGACAAAGAAGCGAGACCAAGAUUCGAUCCCAAUAGUCAUCGACGGGCUGUUGAAAAUGUUCGGGAUCAGUCACACCAAAAACACCAUCGUGGGCAACGAGUUUGUCCGUGGCGUUUCUGGUGGAGAGCGCAAGCGUGUUGGCAUCGCAGAGACCCUGACUACCAAAUCAUCGGUUGUUUGCUGGGAUAAUUCUACCCGGGGCCUCGAUGCCAGCACUGCUUUAGAUUAUGUCAAGUCUCUCAGGGUCAUGACGGAUGUCAGCAAUCGAACCACAUUUGUUACACUUUACCAGGCAGGAGAGGGAAUUUACGAGCUGAUGGAUAAAGUUAUGGUUAUCGAAGAAGGCCGCAUGCUAUACCAAGGGCCCGCUAAUAAAGCAAAGGCUUAUUUCGAAGGUCUAGGAUUCUACUGCCCAGAACGAUCAACAACGGCGGACUUUCUUACUUCCUUGUGCGACCCCAUUGUUCGCCAGUUCCAGCCCGGCCGAGAAGCUUCGACUCCUAAGACCUCCCAAGAACUAGAAGCAGCAUUCAGACGCAGUGACAUUUACAAAGAUAUUCUGAAGGAGGUUGAUGACUAUGAGAACCAGAUUCUAGACACUGAUUGUUCUGACACUCGUCAAUUUCAAAAGCACGUUGGCGAAUCAAAAAGCAAAACCGUCUCCAAGCGGUCAAAUUACACGGUCUCAUUCGCACGGCAGGUCAUGGCUUGCACGAAACGAGAAUUUUGGCUCUUUUGGGGCGACAAAGCCUCUCUGUACACCAAGUUCUUCAUUGUCUUUGCUGUUUCUCUCAUUGUCGGUUCUCUCUUUUACGGCCAGUCUCUUGAUACCGGUGGAGCAUUCUCUCGUGGCGGAUCCUUGUUCUUCUCCAUUAUUUUCCUUGGGUGGCUUCAGCUCACCGAGUUGAUGCCGGCCGUCUCUGGUAGAACAAUCAUUGCGAGACACAAGGACUAUGCCUUUUAUCGUCCUUCUGCCGUCGUUAUCGCUCGCGUCCUCGUCGACAUUCCAGUCAUUUUUGCAAUGCUCGUGGUGCUCGCCGUAGUGGAAUAUUUCCUCAUGGGAUUGGACGUCGACGUUUCCAAGUUCUUCAUUUAUUGUUUGUUCGUCUAUGUUACAACGAUAUCUAUCACAGCUAUGUAUCGCAUGUUUGCCGCGUUCUCAGCCACCAUAGACGAUGCUGUCCGAUUUGGAGGAAUAGCUCUUAACUUACUCGUUUUCUACGUUGGAUACGUGAUUCCGAAGCAAGCUUUGCUUGAUGAUUCCCCCUGGUUUGGCUGGCUGCUAUACGUCAACCCCCUAUCGUACGCAUUCGAGGCCGUCCUGGGUAAUGAAUUUUCGAAUCGUGUUAUGGAAUGUUCGCCUGAACAACUUGUGCCGCUCGGCACGAACGUUGACCCAAAAUACCAAGGAUGCUCUCUUCCUGGUUCUCAGUUGGGUAGUAAUACCGUGUCCGGAGCCCGAUACCUAGACUUUUCAUUUCAAUUUUCCCGGAGCCAUUUGUGGCGUAACUUUGGGAUCGUAGUCGCCUUCACAAUCGCGUACAUUGCAAUCACGGCAAUCGCUGCUGAAGUCUUCCCAUUUACAACAGGAGGAGGCGGUGCAUUGAUAUUCAAAAAAUCCAAGAGAACAGAAGCAUUGUCCAAGCUUCAGCAGAAAAGCGAAUCCCAAGAUGAAGAGACGGGAAAGAUCGAGAGGAUUGGAAAUGUUGGCGGGGUUGCCACUCGAAGGUCUUCCGCCACUGCCAACAACGAGAAUGGUAGUUUUACAAAACUUUCGACCAGUGAUAGGGUUUUCACUUGGUCCGACGUUGAAUAUACGGUACCUUAUGGGAAUGGUGAGCGGAAACUCCUUAACAAGGUAACUGGUUAUGUAAAACCGGGAAGUAUGAUUGCUUUGAUGGGCGCGUCUGGCUCAGGAAAGACAACGCUCCUCAACACUCUAGCGCAGCGACAGAGAAUCGGUGUUGUGUCUGGUGAGAUGCUUGUUGAUGGGCGAGCUCUUCCUCCAGAUUUCCAAAGAGGAACCGGUUUCUGUGAACAGAUGGAUAUCCACGACACCACUGCCACCAUUAGAGAGGCGUUGGAAUUUUCAGCGAUCUUGCGACAAGACAGAAUCAUUCCCCGCGAGGAAAAAAUUGCGUAUGUUGAUCAGGUCAUCAGUUUGUUGGAACUUGAUGAUAUCCAGGAUGCCAUCAUCGGUUCACUUGGCGUUGAGCAAAGGAAGCGAUUAACAAUCGGAGUUGAACUGGCAGCCAAACCGAGCUUACUGCUGUUUUUAGACGAACCUACUAGCGGACUGGACAGCCAGGCAGCUUUUUCUAUCAUCAGAUUCCUGAAAAAGCUAUCCCAGGCGGGGCAAGCUAUUAUUUGCACCAUUCAUCAACCAUCUUCACUCCUAAUUCAGCAAUUUGAUACCAUCCUUGCCCUAAACCCCGAGGGAAAUACCUUUUAUUUCGGGCCUGUUGGUGAGAACGGCCGUGCCGUCGUUGAUUAUUUCGCGGAGAGAGGCGUCGUUUGUCCUGACAAUAAGAACGUCGCGGAAUUCAUCCUGGAGACUGCCGCGAAGGGCCGUAGGAGCAACGGGAAACGAAUUGAUUGGAAUGAGGAGUGGCGAAACUCGAAAGAGCUUGCCCAACUCAAGACGGAGCUGCAGGAAAUCAACCUCGAGCGAAGCCAACGCCCGCUCUUGGAGACUUCUGGCUCGCAGUAUGAAUAUGCCGCCCCCGUUGCUCUACAGUGUUGGAUGCUCACAAAACGAUUAUUUGUCAACUACUGGAGAGAUUCUUCGUAUAUUUAUGGAAAGCUCUUCAUCAGUGUCAUCCUUGGUAUUUUCAAUGGCUUUACUUACUGGCAAUUGGGAAAUACCAUAUCUAGCAUGCAAAACCGAAUGUUCUCCAUUUUCCUGAUCAUCCUGCUCCCGCCAGUUUUCAUGAAUGGUGUUGUCCCAAAGUUCUUCAUGAACAGAAUGCUCUGGGAGGCGCGAGAGCAACCGAGCCGAAUCUACGGCUGGGUGGCAUUCUGUACAGCGAACGUCGUCUGUGAGAUUCCAGCAGCUGUAGUUACCAGUGUUGUCUAUUGGGUUCUCUGGUACUUUGCGACUGGUCUGCCCACCGACUCAAGCACAUCCGGCUAUGUGUUCUUAAUGUCCAUGCUUUUCUUCUUCUUCCAAGCCAGCUGGGGACAGUGGAUCUGCGCGUUCGCACCCUCGUUCACCGUUAUAGGAAAUGUCCUCCCAUUUUUCUUCGUAAUGGUGAACCUCUUCAACGGCGUCGUGCGCCCUUAUUUCGUCCUUCCAGCUUUCUGGCGCUUCUGGAUCUACUAUGCAAACCCAACCACAUGGUGGCUCCGGGGUGUGCUGUCUGCUACCCUCCCGGACACACAGGUCGUCUGUUCCCCCGCCGAGCUCACCCACUUCAACCCGCCCCCUGGUCAAACCUGCAUUGAGUACGCGGGUAACUUCAUCUCCUCCAUCGCGCGAUCAGGCUACCUUACCAACCCCAACGCGAUAGCUGACUGCAGCUACUGCGCAUACUCAAACGGAGCGGAAUAUAUGCGCACUCUGAACGUGCACGACGGUGAUAAAUGGAAGGGUUUCGGGAUCUUCUUAGCAUUUGUGGUGAUUAACUGGGCGCUGGUAUACUUUAUGAUAUAUACAGUGAGGGUUAAGGGGUGGACGUUUGGCUUUGGGACGGCGGUCGGUCUCGUCGAGAAGGGGAUCUCCUGGGUGGAAGGGUUGACGAGGUCGGUAAAGGCGAAAGAGGAUGGUGUGGGCGAGGGGAAAAUCGAGCAAGCGAGCUGAAAGGGGAAAGAUGCCAUUGGAGAGGGUACGUGAGGAUCUUGUGGAUGACUUUUAAUGAUAAUUUACUAGAAUUUCUAAUUCCUUUUUGUUGUUUUGAUUCGGGAUGAGAAUUGUGGUUUGCAUCUUUUUUAGACUGUGCUGGCGUUCUUUUAUUGUUUUAACUUUUUUUAUUUUUUUAUUUUUUUAUUUUUAUUUUUAUUUUUUUUUCUUAAUUACUGCAAAUAAAAAAUAAUGAAUAUAGAAACAACAAAUAAUGAAAACAAGCGAACAAACAAAACUUUCAACUUCGGUUUUCUCGCUGUUGCUGC